AUGGCCCUCGAGGCGUAUCCUUUCCUCAAGGAGCUCGGUCUCCAGGCCGAGAAUCUCGGCGCCUAUGGCGGCAAGGCGGCAGGGGGCGAAUGGAUGGGCAAGGGGAACAAAAUUACCUCGGUCAGCCCUGCGACUGGCAAGCCUAUAGCGGAUGUUGUCGAAGCCACUCUUGACGAGUACGAGACAUGCAUGGAGGCUGCUGUCGAGGCGCAGAAGCUAUGGCGCGAGACCCCAGCGCCCAAGCGCGGGGAGAUCGUGCGGCAGAUCGGCGAGGGGCUGCGCGCGAAGCGGGACGCGCUGGGCGCGCUGAUCUCGCUGGAGAUGGGGAAGAUCCUGGCGGAGGGCAUCGGCGAGGUGCAGGAGUUCAUCGACAUGUGCGACUUCUCCGUCGGCCUCAGCCGCCAGCUCACCGGCUCCAUCAUCCCCUCCGAACGUCCCAACCACUUCAUGAUGGAGCAAUGGAACCCGCUGGGCGUGGUGGGUGUCAUCAGCGCCUUCAACUUCCCCAACGCCGUGCUCGGGUGGAACGCGUGUCUGGCGCUGGUGUGUGGCGACGUGGUGGUGUGGAAGGGCGCGCCGACGACGUCGCUGGUGUCGGUGGCGACGACGCGCAUCGUCGCGGACGUGCUGGCGCGCAACGGGCUGCCGGGCGGCAUCUUCACGUGCGUGUGCGGCGGCACGGAGAUCGGCCAGGCCAUCGCGCGCGACCCGCGCAUCCCGCUCGUCUCCUUCACCGGCUCCACACGGGUGGGGCAGGCGGUGCGCACGGAGGUGAGUGCGCGGUGGGGCAACUGUCUGCUGGAGCUGAGCGGCAACAACGCCAUCGUCAUCAUGCCCGACGCUGACCUCGCCCUCGCCGUGCGCUCCGUGCUCUUCGCUGCUGUUGGCACCGCCGGCCAGCGCUGCACCACGUGCCGCCGCCUGGACGUGUAUGACGAGGUCGUUCGCCUGCUCACGGCUGCGUACAAGCAGGCGUUGGAGAAGAUUGGAGACCCGGUGCUGCCCACCACGCUCAUUGGCCCGCUGCACACGCCUGCCGCCAAGGCACAGUUCCUCAAGGGGCUCGCUGACGUCACUGCACAGGGGGGCGAGUUCCUGGUGGGGGGCGUGGAGGGGGCGGGCGAGGUGGGGCUGGCGGGGGGCAACUUUGUGCGCCCAGCGGUGGUGGCCAUCAAGCACACCGCGCCCUGCGUGCAGGAGGAGCUCUUCGGCCCGCUGCUCUACGUGCACAAGUUCAAGGCGUUGGACGAGGCGAUAGAGAUCAACAACAGCGUGCCACAGGGCCUGAGCUCCUCCAUCUUCACGCGCAGCCCCGAAAACAUCUUCCGCUGGACUGGUCCCAGCGGCAGUGACUGUGGCAUUGUGAACGCCAACAUUCCCACCAACGGAGCUGAGAUUGGAGGGGCGUUUGGGGGAGAGAAGGCCACGGGAGGUGGACGGGAGGCGGGCAGCGACUCGUGGAAGCAGUACAUGCGCCGUGCCACAUG